GAAUUCGUGUGAUAACAUUUGAAAACAGAUAACGUGACGACAAUUUUGAAUUUUGAAUUUGAAAAUUGAAUGAUGUUUCUAAGUUUUUAUUUUUUAGUUGGGGAAUUCAGAAAAAUUAUUCAAUGUGUUUCGUGAUGUCGCGAAUAAUCGUGAAAAAUCUUCAUAGCAGUGUUACUGAAAAGAAAUUGAAAGGAAAAUUCUCGGAGAAAGGUGUUGUGACUGAUGUACAGUUGAAAUACACCAAGGAUGGAAAAUUUAGACAUUUCGGUUUCGUGGGAUAUCAAACUAGAGAAGAAGCAGAAGCAGCAGUUGAAUAUUUCGAUAAAUCAUAUUUCAAUUCUUUACGGAUAACAGUUCAAUUCUGCUCCGAAUUGGGAGAUACGAAUAAACCUAAAGCUUGGAGUAAAUAUGCACCAGACAGUACAUCUUUUAAAAAAUCACAACAAGCUGACAAAAAACCUGAUCUCAAGAGUAAAUCAGUAGAAACCGAUCCUGUAACAAAACACCUAAAUGAAAAAAUUGAGAAACUUAAAGAUGAUCCAGAAUUUUUAGAGUUUCUACAAGUGCAUAAAAAGGAUCGUAAGGUUUGGGAAAAUGAUGACAUAACAGCUUUCUUAUCUUUCAAAGCGAAAAGUUCUGAUGAAAAAAGUGAAGCGGAACUGUCCGAUGAAGAUGAAUCGUCAGAAAGAGAAGAAAAGAAACUCGCUGAAGAUCAAACAAUUUCAGAUGCAGAGUAUCUGCAAUUGAAAGCCGGUAAGAAAACACUAAAUGAAGUAGAGAAGAAAACAGAAUCUACGAGAUAUUUCACUCUAGUUGUACGUGGAUUACCUUACAAAGUUCGAAAAAAGAAUAUCAAAGAAUUUUUUCAGCCUCUGAAAAUAGAUUCAAUACGGAUCCCACCGAAAGUCAAGGGUAUUGCGUAUAUUGGAUUUAAAAACGAAAACAGCAUGAAAAAAGCACUCAACAGAAACAAGAGUUUUAUAGAAGGAAAACAAAUAUUUAUCCAAUGUGUACAUGAAAAAACUGAGACCAAUAAUUCAUCAGGUGCACAAAAAAAUGAAAAAUGGCAAAAACAAGAAGAUGGUUUAAAAACAGAGGAAACUAUUGCAGAAUCAGGACGAAUUUUUUUCCGUAACUUACCUUACACUGCCACAGAAGAAGAAAUUCAAGCACUUUUUGAGAAAUAUGGUCCUAUUACUGAAACUCUAGUACCCAUCGAUAAAGUUACCAGAAAAAUAAAAGGAUAUGGAAUUGUCACAUUCUUGAUACCUGAACACGCUAUCAAAGCAUUCAGUGAAUUGGAUGGAACCAUAUUUCAUGGACGGAUGUUACACUUGCUUCCUGGAAAAUCAAAAGAAAAUAAUGAAAUUGGACCAGAAGAAGGAAGUUCAUUUAAAACUAAAAAAAUUAAGAAAUUGAAAGAAGAGGCUGGCUCUUCGCAUAAUUGGAAUACAUUAUUUAUGGGGCAAAACGCAGUAGCUGAUAUUAUUGCCAACAACUAUGAUUUAUCUAAAGAAGAAGUUUUUUCCGGAAGUAAUGCAGCCGUUCGAUUAGCUCUGGGAGAAACGCAAUUAGUGAAUGAAACCAAGGAAUUUCUCGAAGGAAGCGGAGUCAAAUUGGACGCAUUCAAUAGAGUUGUAAAUCAUCGAAGUAAGACUGUUAUAUUAGCCAAAAACUUACCAGUAGGCACCACUGUAAACGAAAUACGAGAAUUAUUCAAUAAACAUGGUGUAUUAGGAAGAACACUUUUACCACCUCAUGGAGUCACAGCAAUUAUAGAGUUCAUUGAACCAUCAGAAGCUAGAACUGCGUUUAAACGAUUAGCAUAUUCAAAAUUUAAAAAUUUACCUCUUUACUUGGAGUGGGCUCCAGAUGACACUUUUGUUCAAGAUGUGCCUGAAAAAGUGCCCGCUAUAAACGAAGAACCCAGUAAAGGUGUUGAAGAUGAAAUAGACGAUCCGGAAGAUGAUGCUACUUUAUUCAUUAAAAAUUUAAAUUUCGAAACGACAGAAGAUAGUAUCAAAGAGCAUUUUAAAAACUGUGGAAAAAUUGCCAAUGUAACGGUAGCUCGGAAGAAAGAUCCAAAAAAAUCAGAUGCAUUGCUUUCGAUGGGUUACGGAUUUAUUCAGUUUUAUAGAAAAAAUUCAACCAACGUAGCUUUAAAGACAUUACAACAAUCGAUGUUGGAUGGGCAUUGUAUAGAAUUGAGUAGAUCAAAUAGAACCUUGAAAGCCGAUUCUCAUUUAGCAAGGAAAGAAAAUAAUGUAGAAAAACAAACUGGUACUAAGAUUCUCGUGAGGAAUAUUCCAUUUCAAGCGAAACAAUCUGAAUUACAAGAACUCUUUAAGACUUUUGGUGACAUUAAAGCACUCAGAUUACCCAGGAAAAUGGUGGGGACUGGUCCUCAUCGUGGAUUUGCCUUCGUUGAAUAUCAUUCAAAACAGGAUGCCAAGAAAGCAAUGCAAUCGUUAUGUCAAAGUACUCAUUUGUAUGGUCGUCGAUUGGUUCUGGAAUGGGCGCAAUCUACUGAAGAAGAUAUUGAUCAAAUUCGUAAAAGAACUGCUGAGCGAUUUCAUACAGAACAAGAAGUCAGGAGUAAGAAAAGUACAGCUGAUAUUAUUAAUACUGAACAGAGUGAUGACGAAUAAUUUUAUUUUGUUAUUAAUGAAUAUUUUUAUUAAAAAAAUUCUUUCUCAAAA